GCGAAGUGGAAAAGUCCUAUUCUCGUCUAGCUCUUUCAACCGCGGGACCGUGUCGUCAUUAAGUUUGUUUUACACAAUUCAAGCAAAAGUGGACCUUUCUAAGCCCGUGUCAUUGAUUUGUCUGUGAAGAUGUGUUCAAAGCAGUAUUUGCUAAACACGACAGUGCUAGUCUUGAAAGUAGCUAGUCCUAGAUGUCGGCCAGUAACUCUGUUUUGUUAGAUUUUUGGAAAUAUUACAGUGCUUCGAAACAGGUAUAUUAUUUAUUGCAUAGUAUAAGGACUUCCAAAAUCAUAAAAUGGAAAUAAUUGAGCGGAAUAAAAGGAAAGAAAGGUCCAGGCAGAAGUCAGGCCGCUCGUCUUGACGGCAGCCAAUGAGAACAGACUCCUCGAGCAGGGACUCGUCGGCACCCAGGGCCCGCAGUGCCGACCUGACGUCUACGAGCACGCCAUUUUUUCGUUUGUAGCUCGCGUCAGCAAUUCUUUGGUCGCACCGGCACGGCACGGCGCGGCGACGGGCGGGUACCCUCGUAGGGCAGCGUCGGGCAGGCGAAGCCGCCCGCUUGGCUCGGGCGCAGCAGAGGGCGGAGUCGGUGGAAGAGGAGAAGGUGUCCCGUGCGGAGCGCUCGGACGCAAGCCUCGUCGUCCCGCUGCAGUUUCUUCAAAUACCUGACGGGACAAAGGAGCCAUCUAUCUAUCUAUCUAUCUAUCUAUCCGACGGUCCUUCUGCCUGCGCGCACGCGGAGGUGUCGAGAAGAAACCUCAUCCUGGAGACAAAGCUGGAGCGACGCUGGAAUGCCAGCGGACGCGACGCCACGCACAGAAACUUGUUCCACAUGCUUCAACAGUUAGCAGCUUUGGUGGUCGUCAGCCUCCUGCUUGAAAAAACGUGAUUAUUGGCUUUCCUCAACAUAUCCAUUUGUUUACAUUUCCUGACGCUCGUCGCCUAAUAAAACUAAAACAUGCCACACGAUGUACAUCUACAUUCGUACUUGAUUGUUAUGGUUUGGGCUCACUGUAAACAAGGGACUGCCUUAGGCUGCUCGCCCUCGCCGUCUUCUGUGACGGUUGUUUCCUUCCGACCCCUGGCCUCCGCUUGCAGUCGUUGCCCCGGAAGUACUUGAGCGGUCGUUGCCCCGGAAGUACUUGAGCGGCGCUUCCGGUCGGCUCCUCUCCUCUCUUCACGUGCGGGACAAUAAAGCGCUCUUUUCUCCUUCCGCUGCUUCGUCACCAUGUCAGCUUUCAUGGAUUUGAAUGUGACUUUCUCCGCAGAUAAAAGCCACAUGCAGCAACUUAUCGACAUGGCUGCUCACCUAGCCGUCAACUACACGUUUGAAGCCACCGCCAAAAAGAAACCGGCGAUUCCGUCACCCAAGCCCAUCGACGAGCUUAUUGAUCGACUGCCAAUCGUCCAGGGUCGCUCUCGACCCAUCCGAGUGCUCAACAGACUGACGUUGGUGAUGUCAGAGCUGAGUCACUUUAGGCCAAAUCCCAGCGAAUAUGCCGCUUUUGACCUGCUGGCGCUCCAACCCACCACAGAAAAACUCUUCCACGCGGCGUGCACGCAGUUGGACGUGGACGUGAUCAGCGUGUCGGUCACGGAGAAACUUCCCUUCUUCUUCAAGAGAGCGCCCGUCAGCACGGCCGUCGAAAGGGGGUUGGCGUUUGAAAUUUCGUACGCGUCCGCCAUCCGGGACGCCGCGGCCAGGCGCUACACCGUCGCCAAUGCCGUCAGCCUGACGGAGGCCUGCAAAGGAAAGGUGACCGCCGCGACGACAACGAUGUCGACCGCGUCCCGAUUAACCCGCGUGCCGCCUUUCAGAACGUGCUGGUGUCGAGCGCGGCGGCCGAGGUGCGUGGGCGUCGCCUCUCCCUUCCGCCGACGCGUCUUUAGCCGGUCCCGCCCGACGACGCACCUUUCUUUCGUCUUCAGCCGCUGGAGCUGCGAGGACCUCACGACGUGGUCAACCUGUAUCCUUGGCCCCGUCCGCCGAUCUCGACGAGCGUGUCGUCAACGCGCGCCUUUCCCUGACGCGUCCUCAGAUGCUCGCUGAUGGGUUUGUCCCGCGACGGAGCCCGGCGCGCCCUUUCCCGCACCUGCCGCUCGCUUCUGCUGCACGCCG